AUGGACGCCGGCAGCGAUGUUUCCAAGGCCACGGAGCAGCACUUUGUCCUGGUGCACGGUGCCUGCCACGGCGCCUGGUGCUGGUUCAAGCUUGCGUGCCUGCUCCAGGGCUCCGCCCACCGCGUCUCCUGCAUCGACCCCAACAACGUCCGAUCGUUCCAUGACUACGACGCGCCGCUCCUCGAGUUCAUGGCGGACGCCCACAAGGUAAUUCUGGUAGGACACAGCGCAGGAGGAUUAAGCGUGAUGCAUUUGUUCGGAGACAAAAUUAAGCAAGCAAUCUUCAUAGCAGCAACCAUGCUCCCGUUUGGCUACCAAACAGAACAAGACAUCAAAGAUGGUGUACCUGAUUUAUCAGAGUUUGGUGGGGAUGUGUACGACCUGAACUUUGGUCUGGGAGAAGAUCAUACGCCUACAAGCAUGGUGCUAAGAAAGGAGUUCCAGCGCCCAAUCCUGUACCAACAAUGCUCCCAAGAGGACUCCACGCUUGCUUCCAUUCUGCUGCGCCCAUUUCCAGCCGUGCUUCAAACUGCAAGGUUUGGUUGCAUCGAUGAUGGUGUCAAGAGCCCUGUAAAUGCAGUCCAUCGUGUAUACAUAAAAACGGCAAAUGACCGUACGUUGAAGGUGGAGCAGCAGGAGGCCAUGAUUCAUCGUUGGCCACCGAGAAAGGUGAUGGUCAUGGACACAGACCACAGUCCUUUCUUCUCUGCACCAGACCAUCUCUUGGAGCUCAUCCUCGGGUCAUUGUGACUGGUGGCGAACCGUAUCGGCAAUCCAAUUGGAGGCUUGAUCUGCUCAUUAAGUUAUGUUAUAUGCCAAUUUGAGUUGCAAUGUAUCAAUAGAUUGUUUGUCAGCUGUCUACCACAAAACAUAAUUAGUUAAAUAUAUGUAUGGUGCAUGUCUAUAUUACCUGUAUGUACUACAAGGUUUUGUAAUGAAGGAUCAACUAUAUUUGAGCCUUUAAUA